AUGGCCCACAGAUCCCCCACCCACACCCUCCGCACCUGCACCUCCUUCCUCACCACCGCCACCUCGCCCUCCUGGCCCGGCCCCACCCACCGCACAACAAUCAAGCUGCUCUCCCUCGCCGUCCUGCUCGCAGCCACUCAACUUGGUCUCUGCGCUGCUUUUGCUCAUAAGUUGUUGAGUAUGCGAUUGGAGGUUGAGUGUUGGGACGUUGAUGAUGAUGUUGUUGCUGGGGGUGGGGUUCAACGAGGUGGUAUUGGUGGUGGAGGGAGUAGUGUGGAUGCGUUGGUGGUGCGAACGAGGAGGUUACCGGUUACGUUUGUGAAUUUGGAUCGGUUGGAGGGGAGGGAAGAGGGGGUGGGUGGGGGGAUGUGGUUGAGUUUGGGGGUUCCGGGGGGAGGCGGAGGGAAAUUUGCGAUCGUCGCGGCUCUCAUCGUUAACCCCAUCUUUCUGGCUGUUCUUCUGGCUUGUUAUCUUCGCCUCCAUCUUGUCUGUGCGCAUGUGACGAAUCGGUGUGCCAUGGGGCUUUCGGUGCUGCUGGGUGUGCAUUUUAUGGUUAAUGUGGUGGGCAUGUAUUUGCUGGAUGUAUUUCCUGGGGCUGAGGUCAAUCGGGAAUAUAAGACUUGCUGGAAAGAUGAUGGGGUGAUGCGUGCGUUGGGGGAUUGGGGGUGGUGGGCGAGGAGUGUUGUGGUUUGUGGGGCGGUUGUUGGGGUUAUGGGGGCUUGCACGAUGAUUGGGUAUUUUUUCAUGGGGCUUUUUGCUGCGCGCAUGAAUCGAUUUGAUCGAGAGCGCCCGAUUGGACUGCAGAAUCUUGCUCCUUCGAGGGGACCUAUUGCGAGUGGAAAUGCUGCUGAUGGACACAAUUCUGUGUCGAAUGGUCCUAGUGCACCGCUUCCUGCUGCUUUCUCGAUCAGCUCCCGGCUUCCUCGUCAACACAGUGCGGCGGAGCGGAAAGAGGAGAGUGCGAAUCCUUUUACUGAUCCUCGGAAUGUGGUAAUGUAA